AGAGAGCGUGGCGAAACAUGAGUGAUACAGAAAAUGACUCUAAAGGGUGUAGAGACGAGGAUGAUGAACUGGUAGAGACUAGAUAGACUAGAGAGAGCAGAAAGAAAGAAAAAGCAACUUAAAGAGUUGUUCAUCAGCAACAGGGUUCUGGGUUCACCUUGUUUGUACGCUAAAAAUCACAAUCCCCAAGAACUCAAGACAAGCUCAUUCAUUCUCUCUCUCGUCUCUGCAACUGAUCACCCAUUUCCAGAAUAUCUCAACUUUUUCGACGAAAGAGAAUAGGUUUGAGAAACACAAACACGCCAAAAAUCAAUUACGAGUAUCUCUCUCUCUCUCUCUGAUAUCCGUUUCAGAUAGUCUAUCUCACUUCAUAUUCGAGUAAUAAAAACCCCUAUCUAUCCAUCUGUAUAGUCAUACCGAAUUCUUAGCUACUAGUCUCUCUCCCUGCUUUCUUCUUAUCCAACGUUUCUAGCUGUCUUAUUAAGUCUCUACUGUGUCUGUUUUGAUACUUAUUAGAAUUAGCUCGGUUAUGGAAGAUAUGUAUAGCCUCAAUCAUCAUCAUCAUCAUAACCCAAGUGUGAAUUAUUCAUCAGCAUCGGAUGUGGUAUCAUCAAUGUCUUCUUCUUCUUCUGCUUCUUCAUCACCACUAUUACAAGAAAAUAUGCAGCAACUAGUUUCUUCUAUAAAUUAUCAAAGUUUACUAUUAAGUUCAUCACUAGCUUUUCAAGAUCAUCACCAUCGAGUUCCCAUCUUCGGAUCUGAUCGUUUUUUUUCAUCAUCAUCUGCCAAUUGUAAUUCAGUCGCUACUGCUCAUGAACAUCAUCAAACAACAAUUACUAACCAUAUUCACCCAGAAGAAGAUGAUACGAUGACGAGUAUGAGUAUGCAGAAAGCUAAAAUUGCUUCUCAUCCUCGUUACACUAGUUUACUCCAAGCUUACAUAGAGUGUCAAAAGGUGGGAGCACCAACAGAAGUAGCAAAUAUGCUAGAUGACAUACGUCGUUAUCAUCAAGACAAUAUUCAUGGUUACUUUUGUAGUAAGCAGCAGCACAGAAAUGGUCUUUUUUCUGCAAGUAGACUUGGCCAAGAUCCUGAGCUUGAUAACUUCAUGGAGACAUACUGUGAUAUACUGAAGAAGUAUAAAAUGGAUCUAUCAAGGCCUUUUGAUGAAGCAACAAGCUUCUUAAACAAGAUUGAGUUACAACUCUCUCAUCUGUCUGAUUCCAACUCAUCCAAGUCCAACCAGCACCAUCCUGCACCACCUUCUACAAUAUCAAUAAAUCCUACUUGCCUUUCAUCAGAUCAUGAAGCUGGAGGAGGUGGAUCAUCUGAAGAUGAAAUAAGUGGAGGGGAGAUUGAAAUUCAUCAAGAUCAUCACCAUAACAAUCAGGUCGUGCAUCAAACCAUGAAUAGGGUGGAAGACCGAGAUCUAAAGGAUAAGCUCUUACGAAAGUAUAGGGGAUAUAUUAGUAGUUUGAAACAAGAGUUUUCGAAGAAAAAGAAAAAGGGAAAACUGCCUAAAGAAGCAAGACAAGCACUACUUAAUUGGUGGGACAUUCACAAUAGAUGGCCGUAUCCCACGGAAGGGGAUAAAAUUGCGUUGGCUGAAGCGACAGACUUGGAUCAGAAACAAAUUAACAAUUGGUUUAUCAACCAACGGAAGCGACAUUGGAAACCAUCGGAGAAUAUGCAGUUCUCUGUGAUGGAUAACCACCUCUCAACACCUUUCUAUAUCGAAGAUUGACAAAUUGACUUUUUAUUUGGCUUAUGUUUAUCAGAUCACAUAUGAUGUAUUAUUAUUCUCUCUCCAGUAUGUAUGUAUGCCCUUUUGCUGAAUGCUGAUGCAUACACUUCCAAAAAUAUGCUACUUACAUGGCUAUCAAAAAACGAACAAAGAUGUGUAAUCUCUUCCUAAUUGACUUAAAUAUGCUUCCUGUAUAUCGAUUCUUUUUUUUUUAA